GGAAGGAAUUUGCUUAGCCAAAAUUCCUUAGCUAAGUGAAUCCUAGGCAUCAUGCAUUCAAGAGAAGCAAAAGGGAGCUAGCUUAGUGAAAUGGCACAGGAUGGAGCAUUUUUUAAGAAGCUAAAACUCACUAAGCGAUCAAGGUUUUCGUACUCAUAAAGAAAGCUUUACUCGCAAAACGAGCUUUGCUUCCCCUUGCAUCAUUCAAAGCAUCAUAUAAAAAGAAAAAACAGGGACUUUUGGAGAUUAUCAUAUAAUUCAGGCUUAAACCAGAGUUAAGAUGUUGGAAUCUUGUAGUUUCAAAAGCUCAAGUCUUGCUGGUCGUCAAGGUUGUAGUGGUUCACUUCACCAUGUCCCACUCCUUAUUUUUUCCAUGGCUAAGUCCUCAGUCUUCCACAGUCAUUGUCGGGAUGAACAAGUAGUGCCGUGUAGACUGGGCAAGAUAACUAAGGAAGUCUCCACUAUUGUUUCACUGACCACAAAUUUCACUUGUUUUUCUCAUGUAGCCUUUUUCCAAGUGAAGUGUAAACUGGCGUAUCAAAUGGUUCAAAACCAUGAUAUAUUAUGGAAGUUAAUUAGAAAACAAGCACAACACAGUUCUCGCUUGUGAAUCAUAUUCUUAGUAGUUAGUCCUAUAAGUCAUUACCAUUUCUCUAUUCAUAAAGCAGAAUUUUUCUUAUAAUUCAUUGCUUUUUUUCCAAUAUUGCCAUUGGUUCCUUAUAUUCACCUAAUAUGACCUCCCUUUUCAUUUGGGAAUUUUCAUUAAUUUUCUCCCAGUUUCUGCUUCUUGGUUCAGCUGAACAUGAAGAAGAAAAGUGUCCACCCUCUUUUGAUUGUGGAUAUCUUGGCCAGAUCAGCUUCCCUUUCACAACAGCACAAUACCCACACUGUGGCACAGUGGCCAUACAUGGCUGUCAUGAUAAGAAUCCAUUCUCUAACAAAACCAUCCAAGUAAACAACCAUACACCAUCAAGACAGUUUUUCGUUACAAACGUGGAUCAUACUACUAUAACAGUCUCAGAUUAUGAUCAACAUGAGCGUUUGCAUAACAAAGAUUGCAGAACAUUUGACAAAAAUUUCACUCUUCCUCCUGCCUCUCCUUUAGCUUCUUAUUAUCUCAAAUAUAAUAUAACUAUGUUCAGAUGCAACCCUUCCCUUAGAGUACAAAACCUUCCAAAAUUCUUUCAUAACUAUACAAAAUGUUCUCAUAGCAACAUCUACUACGGCCUUCCAAAUACUGAGAAACCUCGCGGCGGUUUCGAGUUGCCAACUACUAUGGCACGGUGUUCAGCUGUUCAGGUUGCAGUAAAAGGCCAGCCUGAUGGUGAUGACCCGUUUGAAUUCUUAUCUUCUGAUAUGGUCAUUGAAGUAGAAGUAUCUCAUGAUUGUCGCAAGUGUAUUAAUUACCAAAAGGGCUAUUGUCAACUUGACACUGAAGGAAAAUUUUAUUGUGCUCAAGAUAAAAGCAGAAAGAAGAUGCUGAUAGUGGCAACAGACAGUAGUGUUGUUUGUGGGUGUUUUCUUCCUCCAACUGGUAUGUGCCAGCAGCAAGUGUCCACCUACAAUCAAGUGCGGUUAUCUGGGAAACAUCAACACCCUGACUGCGGCAUCUUGGCGAUUCAUGGCUGCGACGACCAUGACCCAACCGCCACAAAAAUCAUCAAGAACAACGAUAAAUGGUUUAAUAUUGCCAAGCUUGAAGACACAGUAAUCACUGUUAGAGACAGUGAGCUCAUCCUAACCUUGUCACUAAGAAGUUGCGGAAUUUUCGACUACAAAUCUAUAUUCAAUGUUAGCACGCCUCUAGCUACUUCUCAGCUCGAAAAUUCUGUGUUCUUCUUCAAAUGCAACGACUCCAUCGAUCUCCGCCGCUACCACUCUGUUUCUACUAAAAGCGCCAUAUGUAACUACACUCAUCCAGACAUCGAUGAGAGUGUUGUGGUGGCUGUCUCCGACUCCGAUAACACUGAAUCCAGACAUCUUAAAGGAUGUUCAAAGAUGGUUCAGCUUCCAAUGAGUGAUGAGGUGGGUCACAAGCUUGAACCUGGUGACCUUUUUAACUUCGUUUCUGCGGAUUUUGCUGUCCAAAUUCAAGUGUCUCGGGAUUGUUCUGCCUGCCGCCAUCGUCAUGGAGGCCGCUGCCGGCUUGACAACACCGGCAAAUUUUACUGUGACCAAGGGAAAUCUACAAAGACCAAACUUAUAGUGAUAGCAGUUGCAUCUGUUGUUGGGGCACUAUUAGUAUUGAUAUUCCUCGCUUGGUCCUUUAGAAGACGUUAUCUCAGCAAGCAGAACCCCGCUCACCAAAUAAUUGAGAUGUUUUUGAAAAACCAUGGUCGCCUUACCGCCAUAAGAUACAGUUAUGCAGAGAUAAAGAAAGCGACCAAUUCCUUCAAAAACAAAUUGGGUAAAGGAGGGUAUGGGAGCGUUUACAAAGGGAAGUUACAUGAUGGAAGUCUUGUGGCAGUUAAAGUAUUAAGUGAUUCCAAAGGUAAUGGUGAAGAAUUUAUCAAUGAAGUUGCUAGCAUCAGUGUCACUUCUCAUGUUAACAUUGUGACUUUAUUGGGGUUCUGUCUGGAAGGUUCUAAAAGAGCUUUGAUAUAUGAGUACAUGCCUAAUGGAUCACUUGAGAAGUUCAUAUAUGAAAGCAAAGAUCCAACCAAGCUCAAUCUUCUAUUGAGUUGCAAAGCCAUCUACAAUAUUGCAAUUGGUGUUGCACGAGGACUAGAGUACUUGCAUCGAGGUUGCAAUAGUAGAAUCUUGCACUUUGAUAUAAAACCUCACAAUAUAUUGCUAGAUGAGGAUUUUUGUCCCAAGAUUUCCGAUUUUGGCCUAGCAAAAGUAUGUGAAACAAAAGAAAGUAUUAUAUCCUUAUUGGGUACCAGGGGAACUGCAGGGUACAUUGCUCCUGAGUUGUUCUCUAGAAAUUUCGGCGGAGUCUCCCAUAAAUCUGAUGUUUACAGCUACGGGAUGAUGGUUUUAGAAAUGGUCGGGGGAAAACAGAAUAUCAAUGUUGAAGAAGCUCAAUGCUCAAGUGAAAUAUACUUUCCACAAUGGAUUUACAAGCGUCUUGAACUGAAACAAGACCCUGGACUAAGAUGCAUCAGAAAUGAAAAUGACAAAGAAAUGAUUCGAAAGGUGAUUAUAGUAAGCUUAUGGUGCAUACAAACCGACCCCUCACAUAGACCAGCAAUGAGUGAAGUGGUGGAUAUGUUGGAAUCGAGCUUGCAAUCCUUGCAAAUACCACCAAAACCUUACCUCUCUUCACCUCCCAGAUCCCCACCUAGAUCAUCAGAUUUCAACACUCAGACAUCUCAGGCUUUCUCUACUUUUGAUGGUAUUGAUAGAAUGCAACAAUUUUCUGAAUUGAACAAAAUUUAAUCUGUAUUAUGAAUGCUAUGCACAUAUAUAUAAUUGGAAUCAUUCACAAA